UGGGUUACACCUCAAACGGUUGCAAGAUGCUAAAGGAAAAUACGGUAAUUUGGCAUUUAUGUGGAGAACAACACGCCUUUAAAAACUCUGUAUAACACAACUGACUCAACAUGGACGAAGACGCUAAGAUACGACCAUGUCAUCUUCUGGACUUGCCCUGGGAGGAUGUGCUUGUUCCACAUAUUUUGUGCCACCUGCCGCUGCAACACCUCGUCAGCCUGCAGAGGGUGAGCAAGCAGUUUCACAGCCUCAUCCAGGUGUAUCUGGCCAACUGCAGGACGUUUGAUCUGUCCUCGAUUGGACCAUCCAUUCCCAAGGAAGCAUUUUGCAACUUGUUAAAGGACAAUAAAGUUCUCCACAGCCUGUCUCUGCAGAACUGUUCAGACUGGGUGACAGACAAGGAGCUGCUGCCAGUUAUCGGCCAGAACCAGCACCUGCAGAGAGUGGACAUGAGCGGGUGUGUUUGGCUCACCCGACACUCCCUGGUGGCGGUAUCCUUGAGCUGCAUGCACCUCCAGCACUUCGGCCUGGCGCACUGCGAGUGGGUGGACAGCCUGUCCCUGCGCAGCCUGGCUGACCACUGCGGGGGGCUGCAGUCGAUCGACCUCACCGCCUGCCGCCAGCUCAAGGACGACGCCAUCUGCUACCUGGCCAAGAAGUGCUUGAAGUUGAGGUCUCUAUCUUUGGCGGUGAACGCCAACAUCACUGACGAGUCGGUGGAGGAGGUGGCCAAGAACUGCAGGGGCCUGGAGCAGCUGGACCUGACAGGUUGCCUGCGGGUCAGGAACCAGUCCAUCAGGACUCUCGCAGAGUACUGCCCGAAGCUGCAGUCCCUGAAGGUGAAUCACUGUCACAAUGUGACAGAGUCGAGCCUGGAUCCUCUACGGAAGCGCAAUGUAGUGAUCGAUGUGGAGCCGCCUUUGCAGAGGGCUCUGGUGCUUCUUCAGGAUGUGCUGGGGUUCGCACCGUUUAUCAAUCUCCAGAUAUAGCCAAAGGGCCGUCUGUCUGUCUAACAAGUGCACGCAGGUGUCUUCAUCAAAGCAGUCACUCUCAGGUGCAUCACGUGUGCACGUGAGUUGCUUGAAGAAACAUUGAGACAAUCCAAGAAGACCUGGACGUUUUACUCUCAAGUUUAAAAAAAAAAAAACAAACCCCAAAAACUCAGUGGAAUGUGAUCAAAGAUGCAAAUUUAAGAUGGAAAUGAAAAUAAGUCUGCAUUGCAAAUGAGAAAUGAAAGCCAUGUACAUUUAAAAAAAUUGCUGCUUCACGUCCGAAAGAUGUCACUGCACUAUUUGUCAGUCGUUCAGUGGUGUAAUCAUGUGGCUUUAUAGAAAAAGCGAUUCUAGCCAAAGUACAGAAUAUUGUUUUGUUGUUUUCUCAAACACAAAGUACAUCUUUGUGUAUAUGAAGUCUUAAGAAUCAUUUACGUUUCAUUUAGAAACAUUAAAAAAAUGUUUGAGUUUAAUUGAACAUUUUAUUUUGCAUGUAUGUGCCAGCUUAAAGGAUCAAUUCACCCAAAUCACGGCAAAACAUUUUCUCACUUAUUUGAUUGGUUUUAUGUACGAAGGUUUUUUAAGAGCUCCGCUGCUGAGACUUUUGCUGCCGCCACUAUACAAGAAUGUGAAUGCAGCGUUGUGGUGCUGACUGUGUGUCUUCCAGAAAUAACAUCCUGAAUCCUCAGGAUGAUCCACAGACCUCACUGUCAACAGUUUUUAAACUUCUUGCAUGUUAGAUGCUGUUGACCUGCAUCGUUGCUCACGGUAACACCAAACUAUCAACAUGGCUUCACGCCACCACAGAUUAGUGGGAAAAUGUUUAUAUAUUUUCUUGUGACGUGGGUGAAGGAACCCUUUAUCUGUAUUAUAAAUGCGUACUUGUAUAGCCUCGUAUUUGUUUAAAAUAAGUAAAGGAAUUUAUUAUGACUGUUUACCAUCAAACUCUUGAAAUGAGUUUUGUAAAAAAAAAAGUGUUGAAAUGCUUUUACGCAGUGAUACAGUGUAUGAAUUACAUAAGGAAUAUUAAAUUUUAAAAUGC